CAGCAGCGCGACGGGGACUGGCCGUGCCCGAACCCCACGUGCGGGAACACGAACUUCGCGUUCAGGGGCCGUUGCAAUCGCUGCGGCGAGGCGAGGCCGGCGGGCGCGGGCGGCGAUCGCGGCGGGAGAGGCCGCGGCGGCGGGGACGACCGCGGCCCGCCCGGUCUGUUCGCGCCCGACGACUGGAGCUGCCAGAACUGUUUCAACGUGAACUGGGCGCGAAGGAACAAGUGCAACGAGUGCGGGCAUCCGAAGGGCGGGAGUCAGAAGGAGCGCCGAGAGGGGCGCGGGGGCGGUCACAGGGAGAUCGACGACGAGGCCGAGCGUCUCGAGACGCGGCGCCGUCGGAGGGAGAACGAGGAGAAGGAGAAGUACGACGAUUUCGGGAACUUGAAGAAGCAG